GACUCGGGGGAUCAUACCGCAAAUCACCCCGCAAGUGGGCGAAGCAUUCUUCCUUCUUAGGUCCUCCUUUCCUGACCACUUUUUGGGAGGACCUGGGGGAUCCUAUUGCAAAUCAGCCUGCAGAAGUCGAAGCAUUCUUCCUUCUUAGAGCACUUAUUGGGAGGACCAGGGGGGAUGAUACAGCAAAUCACCCUGCAGUGGGCGAAGCACUCUUCCUUCUUAGGGACCCGGGGGAUCCUACUGCAAAUCAGCCCGCAAAAGGCGAAGCAUCCUUCUGUGCUAGAGUGGCAUGUUUUCAGGCAAUUUUGUAA